AUGGCGAGCAGCGAUCCCGCAGCACCUUCUGGUAAUGGAGUGCCUGACGUCGCCACGCUCCUGCAGCUCCUGACAACUCAGGCACAGGCGUCUGCACUGCGAGAUCAACAGUUUCAGACCCUGAUGGAAAGGAUGUCCAACCAGACCAGUACUAGUUCUACAACCCCACCUGCACCCAAGUCUGUGUCCGCAGAACGACCAGUAUUGUUAUCUACUGCCACAAUGGCAGAAUUUACCGCUUGGGAGGAGGCCUGGCGUGACUAUGCGCAAUGCCAAUGUCUCGCCAGCCACGACCGCCAUACACGUAUGUCAGCGUUCCGCCAGGCCCUAGAUGAGGACCUGCGCCGUUUCAUUCGAGAAGGCAUUAUCGCCUUCCCGGAAGACGCUGACAUUGCUUAUGCCAUCCCGGUCCUCCAGCAGUACAUCCGGCGGCAGACGAACCCGCUGCUCGACCGAAUCGAAUUUUACAAGAGACGGCAGCAGCGUGGGGAAUCAUUUGACUCCUUUUAUAUGGCCCUCCGUGAACUGUUUCACGCGUGUGACUUUUCUGGGUGUUCAGUAUGUCAUAACUGCAACCAGGCGAUGUGCAACCCCUGCAAGGCAGGCCUGUUGAAAUUCAACAACGACAUACUACGUGACCGCAUUGUGACAGGCGUAUUUGAGGACGACGUGCGUCACAAGCUGCUGGCCCUCCAGAACUUGGAUCUGGAGGCAACCGUGAAGCUCUGCCGUGCUGAGGAAGCAGCCUGCCAAACUUCCUCUGGCAUUCCCUCCAGUGGUCACGUGCACGCAGCUAAGAAAUCAUCUUAUAAACAGCAGAAGGAGAGCCGGCCCGCACCCGUGAAGUCUACACCAGACAAGCCCGCAGGUGACAAGUGUCCCAGCUGUGGUCGCAGUCCCCACACCAAAGGCACAUGUCCUGCGAAGUCACGCAAAUGUAACGGAUGUCAACGUGUCGGACAUUUCCAGUCCAUGUGCCCGCACAAAGGCAAACCAACAGCAUCCGGCAAAGUCGGCCAACUUAAGUUGCAACGUGCCUCUGUUCGACAUGGUCUAGAACUCAGUGUCCACACGCAGCUCAACACAGAACCGACCGCCGAAGCCAUGACAUGGAUUCCAGACACCGGCAGCGAUGUUGACGCCAUUGGGCCAGCACAUCUUUCCCAGCUAGGUGGCUUCCCUGAGAACCUUGCCGUCGAUUCCGACACUGUUUCAGCAGCAAACGGCACCUCUCUGGUUAGCCUGGGAAAGAUUUCUGCCACGCUCUCCAUUGGCUCAGCCCAGCACACCACGGUACUUCAUGUUUAUGAAGACCUCGAUGAGGCGUUGCUGUCAUGCCAAUCUCUCCGUGCUCUUGGCAUUCUCCCUGAGUCCUGGCCGCGGAUCUCCCGUGUGAAGUCCGAACCCAGUAGUGCAGAUAUUGCUGAUGUUAAGGCUCAGCUGAUGCAAGAGUUUGCUGAUGUAUUCGACGACUCCCAAUUGAAGCCCAUGGCUGGUCCUCCCAUGGAGAUAAAGCUUCAAUCUGACGCCACACCAACUCGUGUUAAUGGUGCCCGCGCAAUCCCAUUCGCAUUCCGAGACCAGAUAAAAUCUCAACUGGACGAUAUGGUGAUCAAUGGAAUUAUUGAGCCAGUCACUGAACCGUCAGACUGGUGCCACCCGAUCGUCAUCGCAGAUAAGAAGUCUUCUAACGAGAAGCGCCUCACCGUUGAUUUGCGUAAACUCAACGACCAAGUCUGCCGACCAACACACCCAGCUCGUACUCAGCGUGACGCCGUGACAGCUAUUGGUAAAGCCCGUUUCUUCACCACACUCGACGCUCGUCAUGGGUACUGGCAAAUACCCCUGUCCGACGACUCGAAGCCGCUCACGACAUUCAUCACGCCCUGGGGUCGGUAUCGCUAUUGCCGCAACCCUCAAGGUCUGUCCUCAGCAGGUGACGAAUUCAACUGCCGCACAGACGCAGCAUUUGACCGCCUCGCUAACUUCGUCAAAGUCGUUGAUGACGGCCUAGUACAUGACGUCGAUUUUCAAGACCACGUCACCCACGUUCGUGACGUCCUUCACCGUGCCCGUGAGCAUCACAUUACGCUCAGCCCACACAAGUUUGUAUUCGGUGCUAGUGAAGUACAGUUCUGCGGAUUCGUUAUCAACGCUGAUGGUUAUGCCGUUGAUGGUGGCAAGACAUCUGCCAUUCGCCAGUUCGAAGUGCCCUGCAACCGCACUGACCUCCGCUCGUUCUUCGGUUUGGUCAACCAAUGCAGCGACUUCACACCACGCAUUGCUGAACUAAGUGAGCCGCUUCGCCCACUCCUGAAAACCAGCAAUGAGUUCGCCUGGGAUCAGCAGCACACCAUAGCAUUCGAAGCCGUCAAAGCCAUCCUGACUGAGUCACCAGUGUUAGCUUUCUUCCAACCUGGCAAGCCUCUCCGUCUCGAGACUGAUGCACCUGUGAAGAAUGGCCUCGGAUUUGCCCUAUGGCAACAGCAUGAUGACCAGAAAUGGCACCUCAUCCAGUGUGGAAGUCGUUUCUUAUCUGACGCUGAAACAAGGUACGCUGUAAUCGAGCUCGAGUGCCUCGCAGUCGUCUGGGCAGUGCACAAGUGCCGCUUGUAUCUAUCUGGUGCACAGUUCUCACUAAUCACCGACCAUCGUCCGCUUGUACCGAUUAUCAACAGCUACACCCUUGACCAGAUUGAGAACUCUCGUCUACUCCGAUUGAUCAUGAAACUUCGUCCGUAUCAAGUGAAAGCAUCGUGGCGUAAGGGUUCAGAGCACGUAUUCGCAGACGCCCUCUCACGACAUCCUGUAUCAAUCCCGACUAGUGAUGAUGAACUUGGAGAAGAUCCAGCACUGUCCUGCCGCAGUAUCCGCAUCUGUCUACUCCAAGAUGGUCCCCAGAGUCUCCAGUUCGCUAAGCUCCGUGCCGCAGCAGCAUCUGAUCCUGACUACCAGAUGCUACUCGGGUAUAUCCAGAACGGAUUUCCCUCAGCACAAAAGCAGCUGCCCGAGCCCCUUCGUGCGUAUUGGAACGUGCGUGAACAUUUGUCCACCGACAAUGGCAUAGUCCUGAAAGGUCUACGCAUAGUCGUCCCAGCCUCUCUGCGUGCGUCAACGCUGAUCGACCUUCACGCAGCCCACCAAGGUCUGACCCGUACCAAACGACGUGCUCGUCAGACCGUGUAUUGGCCCGGAAUGAACAGUGAGUUAGACACGCUAGUCCGCAGCUGUGAUGCAUGCCGUGAAUUUCAGCCGUCUCAGUCUGCCGAACCGCCCAUUUCUGACCGCAAGCCCACUUUGCCAUUCGAAAGUGUUAGUGCUGACCUUUUCAGUUGCCAAGGUUGCGAGUAUUUGGUAUUCGUCGACCGCUUAACCGGAUGGCCAUGCAUAGCCAAGCUUGGUCACUCAGCCACGUCAGCUGACGUCAUUCGUCAUUUCCGCAGGUGGUUCCCAGAUGUAGGCGUACCACAGGUCAUUUCAACGGACGGCGGUCCUCAGUUUGCGUCUCACAGAUUUGCUGAAUUUUGCGAGCGCUGGGGAAUCCGUCAUAUCAAGUCGUCCCCUCACUACCCACAGUCGAACGGACAUGCGGAAGCAGCCGUAAAGGCAAUGAAGUACCUGGUGGAAAAGACUACCAAUGACGGUAAUCUAGACACCGAUGCUUUCCAGCGUGGCCUUCUCGAGUGGCGCAAUACUCCUGGCACUUCGGGAAAGAGUCCUGCCCAGUUACUGUAUGGUCGCCCACUCGUCUCCUUCGUUCUCGCCCAAUGGAGCCAGUUCGACUCCCACUGGCAAGACACCGCAUCUGACAUGGAUGAUGUUGAUCGAGUAGACCAGCCUCCCAGUCAGCCUCACCGAGAGCUUCCCCACUUGUCUAUCGGGACGCACGUUGACAUUCAGCACCCGAAGACAAAACGGUGGUCUUCCCGCGGCGUUGUCGUGGCUAUCGGUGACCACCGCGACUACUACGUCAAGCUACCGAGUGGACGCGUAUAUUGGCGCAACCGUCGCUACCUCCGCCCGUACCGUCCUCCUACUCCAGCUUCAACAGCCAUGCCUACAUCGUCUCCCGCACCCGACGCUGCACCACAAGCAGUCCCUGUGACUCAGUCGUCGCCACAGUCAACUGUUCAGGUACCACCUCGAACAAGCCAACGUCCCCGGCGACAGAAUGUCCCCUUUAACAUUAUUUCAACGCGUGGACAAUCGUACAAUUAA